CCCCCCUUCUCCACGCCAAAGACCCCCCUCUCGCUCUUUCGCUCGCCCUCGCCUCUGACGUCUGUCGUCUGGGUUCGUCUUCUUCCCGGGGAGCGGUCGAAACGAGCGGAUUUGACAAUGGGCAACCUCCGGCGCGCCGAGCGAUGCUGACUCUUCAUCGGCUUCCAGCUUGAAUCUCAUGUUGAGCGGUGCCAGUGGCGUCUCGUCCUCGUCUCGUGAAUGUCUCUCACCAUGGCCAAGCGUGAGACCGGCAGCACCAGCCCUGUGGUGCGGCAGAUCGACAAGCAGUUCCUGGUGUGCAGCAUCUGCCUGGAUCACUACCACAACCCCAAAGUGCUGCCCUGCCUGCACACCUUCUGCGAGAAAUGCCUACAGAACUACAUCCCCCCUCAGUCCCUGACGCUGUCGUGCCCCGUGUGCCGCCAGACGUCCAUCCUGCCUGAGAAGGGCGUGGCUGCGCUGCAGAACAACUUCUUCAUCACCAACCUGAUGGAGGUGCUCCAGCGCGACCCCGAGUGCGCCCAGCCCGAGGCCUGCAGCGUGCUGGAGUCGGUCAGCGCCGCCUCCGCCUGCCAGCCCCUCUCCUGCCCCAACCACGAGGGCAAGGUGAUGGAGUUCUACUGCGAGUCAUGCGAGACCGCAAUGUGCCUGGAGUGCACAGAGGGGGAGCACAGAGAACACGUGACGGUUCCACUGCGUGAUGUUCUAGAACAGCACAAAUCAGCCUUGAAGAACCAGCUAGAUGCCAUUCGCAACAGGUUGCCCCAGCUGACGGCGGCCAUUGACACGGUGAACGACAUCUCCAAGCAGUUGACGGAGCGCAAGAACGAGGCGGUGAGCGAGAUCAACAGCACGUUCGAGGAGCUGGAGCGAGCGCUGCACCAGCGUAAGGGCCACCUCAUCACCGACCUGGAGAACAUCUGCAGCGCCAAACAGAAGGUGUUGCAGGCCCAGCUGGCGACGCUGCUGCAGGGCAAGGAGAACAUCCUGAGCAGCUGCAGCUUCACGGAGCAGGCGCUGUCGCACGGCAGCGCCACCGAGGUGCUGCUGGUGCAGAAGCAGAUGGGCGAGCGCGUGGCGGCGCUGGCGCAGCACGACUUCCCCGAGCGGCCGCACGAGAACGGCCACCUCAACUGCCAGGUGGAGACGGAGGGCCUGCGGCGCUCCAUCCAGAACCUGGGCGUGCUGCUGACCACCGCCGCCGUGGGCCACACCAGCGUGGCCACCGGGGAAGGCCUGCGCCACGCGCUGGUCGGCCAGCCGGCCACCGUCACCGUCACGACCAAGGACAAGGGCGCCGAGCUGGUGCGCACGGGCAACGCCGAGCUGCGGGCGCGCAUCCUGGCCGCCGACGGCGCCGCGCACGCCGAGGCCGACGUGGCCGACAACAAGAACGGCACGUACGAGGUGAGCUACACCAUGCGCGCCGAGGGCGAGUUCUCCUUCCAGCUGCUGCUCUACGGGCAGGCCGUGCGGGGCAGCCCCUUCCGCCUGCGCGCCGUCAAGGCCUCGGACGUGCCGCAGUCGCCCGACGACGUCAAGCGGCGGGUGAAGUCGCCCAGCGGCGGAGGCGGCGGACACGUGCGGCAGAAGGCGGUCAGGAGGCCCUCCAGCAUGUACAGCACCACCAAGAAGAAGGAGAACCCCAUCGAGGAUGAGCUCAUCUACAGAGUGGGCACACGUGGGCGUGAAAGAGGGGAGUUCACCAACCUACAAGGCAUUUCUGCCUCCAGCAAUGGUCGAAUUGUGGUGGCUGACAGCAACAACCAGUGCAUACAGGUCUUCUCCAAUGAUGGGCAGUUUAAACUAAGAUUUGGGGUCAGAGGUCGUUCCCCAGGGCAACUGCAGCGCCCCACAGGGGUGACCGUAGACACAAAUGGUGACAUCAUUGUGGCCGACUACGACAACCGAUGGGUCAGCAUCUUCUCCUCGGACGGGAAGUUUAAGAAUAAAAUCGGAGCAGGAAGACUAAUGGGACCAAAGGGAGUAGCGGUGGACAAAAAUGGCCACAUCAUCACCGUGGACAACAAGGCCUGCUGCGUGUUCAUCUUCCAGUCCAAUGGCAAACUGGUGACCAAAUUUGGUGCGAGAGGAACAUCAGACAGACAAUUUACAGACAAGAGUGGUGCAAACAAUGCACUGGAGCAAAAGCUUAGUAAAUCAGGCCCAGUGUUCAGUCCACACUUCGUUGCUGUAAACAACAAGAAUGAAAUCAUUGUGACAGAUUUCCACAAUCAUUCCGUGAAGGUGUACAGCGCUGAUGGGGAGUUCCUGUUUAAGUUCGGCUCUCAUGGAGAGGGCAACGGCCAGUUCAACGCCCCCACCGGGGUGGCCGUGGAUUCCAAUGGCAACAUCAUCGUGGCAGACUGGGGGAACAGCCGGAUACAGGUGUUUGACAGCUCAGGUUCUUUUCUGUCCUACAUCAACACCACUGCCGACCCCUUGUACGGACCCCAAGGUCUGGCCCUGACCUCGGAUGGCCACGUGGCCGUGGCUGACUCCGGGAACCACUGCUUCAAGGUCUACCGCUACCUGCAGUAGCGCCACCUACUGUACGGACGCCAGGUCAGCGGGCAAGAUUUGACCACAUCCAGCACUGAACAAGGACACAACUAAAUGUACUGAAACAGGGUGCCAUGACCUUCCUGUUUUACGCCAUUUUAAUUUGCACAUUCUCGCUUCCUUUGAUGUAGUUUUCUCUGAUGGACAUACUGUAGUAGGAACCAUUUACGAAGUGUGAGUACAGUUUUCGCUAUCAAGCCUGACGUUAGAGAACUCAAGGCAGGAAAGUACUGAGGUAGUUCCUGUCCAUUCCCUAAAGUGGUUGAAAGAACAUGCAAGUCAUAUCAUAUUGUUAAACUAUUGAAAUGCAGAUUUUGUGCUAGCAUGAGCAAAAUAUUUAUGGCAGAAGAUCAAUUUGCUGUUCGCUUCUCUGUAGUAACCCAGGUUAUUCCACUGGCUUCUUUGUACAUAAUAAUUGCCCAAUUAUCCGUAUUGAAGGAUCACUUAUUUACAGAUCAGACCAUCCAUGUGUAGUUGUGAAACACAUUUACACAUUUCAAAACAAUCCCUGAUUUCCAUUAUUCAUUUGGGUAUUGGAAUCAGGUGGUAGCACAAUAGGAAACAAGUCAUGCAUAUUCUGCUAAACAACAAUACAGGAAAGGCCACAAUUAGAAGCUAAGGUGCCCUACGUUAUCCCCAUAUUGUAAAUAUCAAUAUCAAAUCCACAUUUUCAACAUGCCGGGAAGAUCACAUAACAGUGGUUGUUGUCGUGUUUUUGUUCUAAAGAUGGAAUUUCGGAGACGUUGUGCACUUGCCCAUAUCUCAUCCAUGAACAGCCAUGGUAUGACCUAAGAUGAUUUGAAGUGGUGUAAGUAAAAAAGUAAGUCAGUAAAUUUGAAUUAUGUGGCACAUUUGCAUCCAAAGUGCUUCACAAUAAAAGAAAAGGUUUAAGAGAGUUUAAAAGGUGGUUCCAACACCUACUACAGCUCAUACCUCCAGACAAAAAAAAAGUACCCCCAGACAGAGACAGAUAUACAGACAUCAAACAAAUAAGAUCUCCAUCCAUAGUUCCCACAGGCUCAAUGGCUGUUGAACGCAAAUUGGAAGAGAUGAGUUUUUAGCAAGGAUUUCAAAACAGUCACCGUGACCGUGUUCUUUCCACAUAACUCUCGUGUUCAUCUGAGACUUCUUAUAACGUUUUGUCAGACGAUAUCAGACCUGGAUGGGAAGACAAAUAGCUGAUGCAACCCAUCCAGGCCUUUUUAAAAAGUUUGUAUUACACUGCAAACAUGCCUUCAGUUUCACCUGGAAAAGCAGAUGAUGUCUACUUCUCCACAGGGAGACUUUCCCUGGAGCAUUUGGCCAUUACACCAAGAACAACGCCAUGGUUUUUGUCAUUAGUGGAUAGGUCUUAAAUUAAUUUCAAAAUAAUUCCAAAUUUGUAUCACUACACAAUAUAGGUUGUUCCUAUAAGAGUACGCCAACACUGAGGGGUCAAACCAUUUCAAACUGCAUCUCUGUACAUUGACUUGCUGUAUAUGACUGCUUUGUAUAGUGUAUAAAUUGAAUAGCUAUCUGCCGAUUUCUCUUGAUUGAUCUUGUUUCUAGUUUAGCGGUUCGCAAGUGUAACAUCUCAGCUUUGACAGUAUACUAUUUUGGUGUGAGCAAGGCAGCUUGUAGUCAAAUCGUGCUUGCGGCAUCAGCAGCUUCACACAAGCCUGGCCAUACAAAUGUGUGUUCUAUCUAUGUAUUGCUGACUUGAAUAGCACAAUUUCUUUUUAUUUUAUCAGGUCUUUUACACAAAAUGCAGAAAAAAAUGGUAAAAAAGAAAACAUUAAUUUAUUUCAUUUUGUACGCAAUCUUAUAGUUUACAAAUUAUUUUUCUAAUUUGAUGCAUCUGAAUUUCCGCUGCUGCUGGUAUAUGCCUUGAUAUGAGGAGACACCCCUUUUCAGCCCCAAUGCAUGAAAUCUUACCUUUGUAGCAAGCUGUUGUCUGUACAACAAAUUUUAAACUUUUGGUCAGGAUUAAUUUAGCCAAAAAUUAACACACAUCGGUCAGGUGAUUCAUCUGGCCCAUCCUUCACACACACACACACACACACACACACACACACACACACACACACACACAUGGACAUGGGUAUGUCAGUGCUACUGUGUACACAUUUACUCUCAUUUGUGGAACAUAAUCAUCUUUUGUAGAACAUCCAUGCAAGAACACAAGUGUAUCAUUAAUCACCAAAAUAAUCAGAAGUUACCAAAUGUCUAGAGGUGCUUAGAAGCUUCGGAAGCAUGCUCUAGAAUAUCAGCUCGUCAGUUUGUUCUCACCUGUUGAGGUUGUGACGUCUGUACUGUUGACUUGGUGAUCAUGGGGCAUACAUAGAAACCAUUCAUUUUUUAAAGCAACCGUAAUGAAACUUUACCAUUCAUAUCUGCUUUAAUAAACAACAUUUUGAAGCUUGGGAAGAGGGUGAGUGAGGCUGGUGGCCAAGGUGUUGGAUCAUACAGGAAUUUACGAGAGUAUUCCACCAUUUUACUCUUACAGUAUCCAAAUACUGCAAAUGAAAUGUCCAUCAGUCUUUGUAUACUGAUUCAUUGUAAAUUGUGCAAUAACAUGGAAAGGGUUGAUUCCAUCUCCCAGACAUGUUUAGCUAAUAUAAGUUAAAAUAGUCUAUUGUAAAUGUGAAACAAACUAAUUAUUUAUCUGUUGGGAGUGAAUGUAAUACUGUUGAAUAUCGCAAGAUGGUUCCGUAAACACACACAUGACCAUGCUCUUUAACUUUCUUCCUUUCUUCAGCCAUCAGAAAGACAUUGCCAUCAAUUUACUUAAUCAACCUGUGGUCAACUGGCAACUGUGAAUUUCACGUUAAAAGACGAUGAAACUUUUACGGAUUUGUAAAUCUGUCUUUUCUAAGUUUCACCAACUGAAAAAGGACCUUCACACACUACCAUGCACAACAACUGCAAAGAUGAACCCUUUCACAUACAUGUAAUCACAAAACUAUUGUUUUAGAUGAGAAAAAUGCUCUUUUUUUGUGCCUGACAUUAUCCGGCCAUGUCAAACCCUGGCCACGAAGACCUCUCCUUAUUUGCCAAUCCUCCACAGCUCUGUUCGGUCCGUUCUGAAGGUCAAGCUGCUGGACUUAAAGAAAAAAAAAAAAAAAAACACUUUUGGAAUGUAACUGUGCUCCCUACCCAGGGCUUCCCUGUUGCAUUACAUUGACUAUGUUGACUGAUACGACCAUGAUUUUAUUUCUGUCAAUAUGCACUGGUAAUAAAAGCACAUGGUUUACUGAU